AUGGCUUGCGUCGGAGGCCUCCUGCUGCCUUCUUUUCUUCUUUUAUUUGCGAGAAUGAGAGAAGGGGAAGAGUUAAGGGAAAGAGUUGUGGGUGGUGUGCUGAUCGACGAUGGCAGGAGGGCAAAAUGGGUGGUGGCAAUGUUAAAAAAAGGGAAUGUAGAUAGCUCAAGGAAGACACGGUUAUCUUCCAAAAGAGAAAAGGCGAAUGAGGUGUCGCAAACACGUUCAAAGACAUCCAAAAAAGCAGUUAUUGAACAACCAAAAGUGAAGCUGAGGGUUAAGGUCAAAACUGUAAGUAAGAAACGUGAACUAUCUGAUGAAGAUGAUUCAGAUUUUCAGAUUCGUCCUGGAUCUUCAAAGAAACCAAAGAGAGAAACUAAAGUUUUGAAGAAAGAUAAAAAAGUUGUUGUUAUAAAAGAAUUUCCUUCAUUGAAGAAUAGAUGUUCACCCGGGUCAUUGUUGGGUGUUAUUCAAGGUUUAAGCAGAGAACAGAAGGAUUGUGUUAGGGCUAUGGGAUUUGGGAGUUUGUUAGGGAGGAAGAUGAUUGACGUACCGUUGAAGAUUGUUCAGUAUGUUCUUGAUCAUUUUAAUUUUGAAUCUUUAAAGGUGGAGUUUGAUAAUUGUGAAGUUAGUGUUGAUAGUAAGUCUGUUCAAGAGAUAUUAGGAUUACCAUCUGGUGGCUCAUUACUUUCAAACAUGGAAUACAUUUCGGAGAAUAAUGAAGAGAGCUGUAUGUUUGAGUGGAAGAAACAGUAUGAAAAUAUUGAUAAAUUGAGAUUGAAACAGCUAAAGAAUGAACUUGUUCAAACUAGUGCUGCGGAUGACAACUUCAAAAUCAUUUUUUUGGAUCUUUUUAUUAAUACUUUCUGUGAGUCUACAAGCAUGGGUAAAUGUAAUCUGAAUCCAUUGUAUUUAAUCAGAAGAGAUACUGAUUUAAGUAGCAUUGACUGGUGCGAUUACAUUGUGGAUUGUUUGGUAAGGACGAAGAAGGUUUACAAUCCAGUGAAAGAAUCUUCUUUCUUUUAUGGACCAGCAGCAUACCUUAUGGUACAGAAGAUAAGGUUUCUUGAGGAUAUUUUACAAGAGAGUGGAGGACUUGGAUGUGGACAUGUUAAUGAAGCAUAUGUUGAAGAAGAAUUUCAAGAAUCUAAGUAUAAUGAGGAGGAAUCUGGUGGUGAUGAGGUUGAAUCUGAUGGUGAAGAGGAUUUAUGUGAUGAGGAUGAAGAAGAUUUUGAUGUUAAUAAAGUUAGUGAUGUGGAGGUGUAUGAAAGUAAAAUUUCAUAUUUAAGCACAAAAAGUUUUGAUUUCCAUUAUGUUUCACAAAAAUAUAAAGAACCGAUAUUAACACCUGUUUUUGUUCAAGUUAAUGAUGAAGAUUAUGGGAAUGAUUUUCUUAAUGAUGAUGAAAAUGUUGAAGAUUAUGAUCAAGGGAAAUUUUCUGGUGAUCAGGGGGAUGGAAGUGGUCCACAUGAGGGCAAUAUUGGUAAAAAACAUGUUGAAGGUAAAGGUGAUGAUGAUGAAGAUGAUGAACAAGGAAAUGGAAGUGGAUGUAAUAAAGAAGAGGCCAUGAAUUUAAAUUAUGUUGUCGAAAAUGUUACUAAGAGUGUGGGUCUAAUUGAUAGCCAGGAAGGUACUGAUGGUUGUUUAAAUCAGGAACUAGUUGAAGAUGAUGUGAAUUUCAAUUUGACUGGUAUUGAUGAUGGGACUGUAAAUUUAGGCGAGGAUGAUCAUAAGAAUAAAGUAAUUUCAGAUCAUACUGUUGAUAAAGUUAUUGUAGCAAAGAAGGAUGAAGAAGGUGAAGAUGUUGAAGAUUGUUCAAAUAAAAAUAAAGAUGGAGAAAAUGUUGAAGAUUGUUCAAAUAAAAACAAGGAUUCAAAUGAGACUCCGUCAUUGAAAAAUGAUAUUGUUCCAAGUUUUAGUCUUAGAUUUAGUCAAGAUUCUGAAGGUUCCAAGAAGUCAUCUCAAAGUCAAAUUUCUUCUGAACGGAUGACAAAGAAAAAGAUUAAGGAUAGAGUUAUUUUGGGAAAACCAAGUGCUGGUCCAGAGUGUGUUAUUCUAAAUGUUGAUGUUAUUGAUGCUAGUCCAGUUUCUUUUGCACCCUCUUUGGGUACAUUAGAAGGACCAUCAAAACAUGUUUCUGGCAAACCUAAAGAUAUAAAUGAAGAAGCAACAUCAACUUUGUCAUUUGAAUAUACUCAUUUGAAUGAAACUGCAAAAUAUAAAGUUUUCAAGGACAGCUUCUCUCGCAGUGUUUCUGGUGAUAGAGACUUGAAGGUUUUGAAGGAUGUUGAUAUGGUAUUUUUCCCGGUUUUGAGGCAUAAGCACAUAUAUCUUAUUGUUAUGAAUCUGAAGAAACGUGCUUUUGAGGUUAUCGAUAAUGGUGCAGAUGAUGCUGAUUUCGAUGAUAAGUAUGGUGCACUUUUUAAACCUCUUAAAAAGUCUUUUUUGAAGUAUCUAAAAGAGAUCGAUCAUGUUAAAGCAAUCGAAAUGGCUGAUAAAAAUCUUCCUCCAAUAUGUAGUAAAGAUGUGUUAUGUUCAAUGGAGAUAAUCUUUAUAAGUAAUGGUGGAAGUAUUCUUGGAGUCAGCUACAAUUUGUAUAAAAAUAUAGCUAGAAAUAUGAAGAACAAGAAUCUUGGAAAAUGGGGAACAUGA